AUGAGGGUUCCUUGUGUUCUUGUUGUGCUGGCUGCAACUGUGGUCUCCGCUGCAUAUUUGAAUGUCUUCUCCGAGCUGGAGCUUCAGGCUCACAAUGAGGUCAAGGUCCUAUUUGAUUUACUUAAGUGGGCGAACAGAGCAGACAUCCAUGGAGAUCAUUAUGUAGAUCUAAGGAAACAGACGAAAGCAUUUCCGGUGAAGCUGCGGUCAUUCUCCUAUACAAACUGUGCCGAUCCCAAUACAGAAAUAGUUGUCUUUGGGAAUUUGAGCAUCAACCCGGACCCGAUUCACAUCCCUGGGGUCAUCGUGGCUUCAGGUACCGUAGCUGCCAAGUCACCAUUCGGCUCCCCAGUCAAGGCCCAACUGGAUGUAUGGAAAGAGGUGUUCGGUGUUUGGGUAAAAGCCCCAUGCAUAGAUCAGUUUGGAUCAUGCACUUAUGAUGAUUUUUGCACAGUUGUCAACCCAGCAACGUGUCCGCCGGAACUGGUCAAGAUUGGACUCAACUGCAAAUGUCCAUUUACCGCCGGCUCUUGGAACGUUCCACCUGUUGCGGUCAAUGUCACCCAAAAUCUUCCCAUCGCUAUCUCCGGGGGCGUCAGGGCUAGAAUUGUGGCAACUUACAACGGAAGUCUAGUUACAUGCUUGCAAGUCCAGUUUGACCUAGCCUAA